GAAGCCGGAUGACGUUGUGCGCUAGUUUCAGGGUCUCACAAAUGUCCUAGCCUCAGUUUCCACGUGUUGAGCAUGGAGACCCCAUAUCGUACACCAGCACGAAUAUCACCCUUUAGUCAUGCAAGGACUCGAUCUGGUUCUCGUACGGCAAACACGGCAAGCAUGGCGCUUAUAUAAGGGUUGAGUACCAUCCUUGCGACGCGCAACCACUACUUUGCUCUUCUACGUGCUGCACCGCGUCAAGAACGAAUGCCACGCUCUGUCAAUAAUCUCAGACGAGCAUGGAUCGCACUGCCACUUGGCAGGCACCCCGCUCGCUCACGCGCACCACACAUUCUCUACGAAUUGCCAUUGAACGCCAGUUCCCAUCUCAAAGAACCACCAGAAGCCAAAUCUGGUAACGAUGGGAAGCAGGAGCGGGGCAAGUUCGCGCGAAGCGUCCUCGAAGGCAGCACAGUUGCCCUGAUAUCCCUGUUUGGCCUGGGUCUGGGUGGCUAUGCCUACAGUCUGUUCUACAAGAGGAUGGUUAGGCAGAAGAUCGAGCACGCUUUCUCUGCAGGCUACAGCUCGCAGGAACGCGUUGCGCUGGGCCGCGUCGCGUACGGUACAGAGCCAGACAAGAUACAAGAGAUUGUGGAUCGCGAGCUUUGGAUUUCACGGACAGAACAAGCUGAGGUAGACGAUAUCGUCAAUGGCAAGGCAAGAGGCAAAUACUACCUCAUAAUCGGCGAGAGAGGGACGGGCAAACGUGCGUUGCUUCUUGAGGCUAUGAGGAAGGUCAAUGGCGAUGGCAUUGCUAUGGUGGAAGCACACAAUGAUUUGGAGGUGUUCCGGACACGGCUUGGCAAGGCGAUCGACUACGAGUUUCAUGAAGACUACAUUGGUGGGUUGUUCAGCAUCAGAGGCCCUCGGGACAGUAGCCCGCUGCUGGACAUCGAGAGAGCGCUGAAUCAGAUGGAAAAGGUGGCUCUGUUGAUGCGCAAGAGGCGCGGCAAACCCUUGCUGAUGAUCAUCAAUAACAUCCACCUGCUGAAAGACGAUGAAGGUGGAAGAGCGUUGCUGGAGACACUGCAACAAAGAGCUGAGCUGUGGACACAGACCGAGCUGGUUACAGUGGUGUUCACGUCUGAUGAGUAUUGGACGCUGGAGCGGUUAAUUCCCCUUGCGACUAAUAUGUACACCAUGAACAUCAGAGAUGUUAGCAAGGACAUUGUGACUAGCUCCUUGAAAAAUUAUCGCGCUCGAUACCACAACGAAGAUGUGCCACAGGGUAUCCUGGACGAGGUCUUUGCGAAAGUGGGCGGUCGGUUGAUCUUCUUGAAUCAGGUCGCGAAGUCAAAUGACAUGCUGGAGACAUGCAGGCGUCUCAAUCAACGAGAGAAAUCGUGGUUUCUACAAAAGGUGUGGAUAUUAGGAGAGUCGAUGGAUGACGACGUAGAAGAGCAACAGAAGUUUUGCGCUGCAGCCAUCAUUCUCGCUCGUGCUCUUGUUCUCCGAGAAAAGGAAACCGCGGACCAGAACGACCACUUCACGCUACCCGAGAUCCCUCUCCAUGAGGCUCGUCAGGUUAUGACGCGUGCAGAUUUUAUUAAGCCUUUGGAUCACAUCAACAUCAUCCACAUCGACGCACACGGCAUGGUGCGCGCUGAUUCGGUGCCCAUGCAGAACGCUUUCCGCGAGAUCUGCAGCGAGGAAGGGUUUGAAGAGCAUCUGAAGGCUACACUGAACAGGUUGGAUGAGCUGGAGAGUCUAGCGAGAACAAGAGAGGUGGCACCACGAGAAGUCCCUGGUAGGAGUGGGGGUAUUGUGCCGCCUGUAGAGUAUUGCGCGAAGAUCUAGAUCGAGCAUUCUGUUGUUCGAUGCUUCUAAGACAUGUUGAAUGUGAUACUAGCGCCAACCUCGACUUUGUUUAACCAGUGGGUAUAAUUGACCGGAGCGUAUUGAGGCUGAUAGUCAUCCCUGCAUGUAUCUUGGUUCUGUGAGCUAGUAGAGUAACGCAAA